AUGACCUGGUUAAGGUUGCCUUCUAACUUUUGGUCCGCCGUAAUUACUAGCGUUGUUAUGCUGCACUAUCCUGAUCUUAUUAACCUUAGGGCUAUUGGAGCUGCUAUUGAUGUGCUUAUACCACACGAAAAGCGUGUAAAAAGCCGCAAAUUAGCGCCCCGAACCGAGCCUGGUAGGCUCCUUGCUACUCUAGUUCAGUCCCCGGCUACUGCAAAGAAUGAUCUUAUAGAUAUCUUUACUAGCCUUAACCCUACCGACCUUGCUGACCUUACUGGCCCUACCAGCCCUGCUGGCCCUACGGGCCCUACUAAUCCUACGAGCCCUACCAACCCUACUGGCCUUACCGACUUAUUCCCUUAG